AUGAAGGACCAAGUGUUUCUGGUGGCGUUGAUCUCCCUCUCAGCCGUGCUCUGCUUCUGUUCGGCGAAGGAUGCCGAUGUGAAAGAGCUGCGGCAGACCGUUUCGUACGAUACGAAAAUCCUCCACAAAAUCCCCGAGAAAACCAUUGUCGAGGAGAAGAAGGAAGUGGACCACAAGGCGCUCGUCAAACAGCCCGUCGGAGAUCUGCUGCUUCCGAGCUACGAGUUUGCGUACGGUGUGAAGGAUCCCGUCAGCGGGGACUACAAGGAUCAGUGGGAAACGCGACUCGGCGACCACGUCAAGGGUGGUUAUCGGUUCGACGAGCCGGACGGUACGCAACGCGUGGUGGAAUACGAGGCGGACGGCAAGCGGGGAUUCGAAGCCACGGUUAAGAACGUUGACCGUAAAGACCAGGCGGACGAGCUCAAGCUAGACAAAGUUGCGCACAGCUACAGCUAUCUCAAGAGAACUAGGCCGUGA